UGAAUUUUUAGUACACAACAAGCGUAAAAAAAACGUAAAUAACUCGGAAGUUCUGGAAAAACUCGAGGAAAUCUCUGAAAAAACUCAUCAAGACUUUCCAGAAGCAUAGAAAAUUGUAAAAUAAUCUCAAAUGGCAGAUGAUGAGCAGACAAUCCCGGUGAAGGAACCCCUGGAUCUCAUCCGGUUGAGCUUGGAUGAGAAAAUCUACGUGAAAAUGCGCAAUGAACGGGAACUCCGUGGUCGUUUGCAUGCUUUUGAUCAGCAUCUCAACAUGGUGUUGGGUGAUGCAGAAGAGACCGUAACCGUGUGUGAGGUGGAUGAGGAAACGUACGAGGAGGUCUACAGAACAACCAAGCGCACCAUUCCUAUGCUCUUUGUCCGUGGGGAUGGAGUUAUUCUUGUUUCUCCACCAAUGAGGGUUGGGGGAUGAAAUGCGUUACAAUAAAAUAAUAAUUUCCCACAAAAAA